UCGUGAAUGUCCUUCCAUAAUCAUGAAUAACUCAAUUAUCUGUCUUCCAAAUGCGGAUAAUCGCUUUGGCCCUCGGAUCGAUCCAUGCCAAAGGCAAUUCGACUUUACGCUCCUAUUCGAGCAGAGCAUUCUCACUGUCGGUCCAUCUACAAUAUUCAUGCUACUAGUUUCUGUGCGAAUACCUCAGCUAUACCGUAAAAACAGGAAAACACUACCAACUUUCUAUUGGUGUCUUAAAUCGGUGAUUAUUUGUUCCUUCAUUGUCAUGUGUCGGCGCUGACGGCGGCAGAUGGCUAUAUCGGUAUUUUUGUGUCUUCAAAUUGCCACUUUAGCGUUAUGGAUAAUGUUUAAAGGCCAACAAACAAUUUGGUCUGUGCCAGCAGCAGCGCUGUCAGUAACCGCCACUAUUGGCCUCGCAGUACUGUCAAACCUGGAGAGCACUCGAUCUACACGCCCUUCGUUUGUGAUUUGCACCUACCUCCUUGUAUCUUCGCUUUUAGAUAUAGCUCAAACAAGGACACUCUGGUUGCAACAUGGAAGCACAGCAUUGCCAGCAUUGUCCACAUGCGGUUUGCUUGUCAAGGUAAUCCUCCUAUGGCUCGAAGCGUGAGAGAAGAGGUCCUAUCUCAAAGAGCCGUACAAUAAGUACCCUCCCGAAGCCUUGGCGGGAGUCAUAAACACAAGUUUCUUCUGGUGGCUAAAUACACUUAUUGAAAAGGGUCACAGAAAUAUCCUCAGUCUUGGAGAUCUAUUUGACACUGAUAAGACGUUGUCAUCUUCUUCUCUGGAGGCAAAAAUACAAACAGCAUGGCGAAACCAAUCGCCGAACGGAAAAUAUUCUCUACUCUUCACCAUACUAACAUGUUUUAAAGUUCCUCUGCUCACCCUUAUCUUUCCACGUAUUUGCCUGAUCGGAUUCAAGUUUUCUCAACCCUUGCUAAUAAAUCGAGUCAUCUCGUUGGUGGAAGCUCCCGAGACACCACUGAACAAAGACAUUGGCUAUGCAUUGAUCGCUGCAACCGCUCUGAUAUACCUUGGUCUCGCAGUUAGCACCGCCCAGUAUCAACGCCAGAUAUUCCGGGUCAUCACCAUGAUUAGGGGAGGACUGGUUUGCUUCAUUUACAAUGUAACACUGACACUUGAUGCAAAUUCUACAGGCGAUUCUGCUGCAGUCACGCUGAUGAGUACAGACAUAGAGCGCAUUGGUACCGGAUUCAGUACCGUUGAUAGUUUAUGGGCUGGACCCCUUGAAGCUGGGAUCGCGAUAUAUCCACUACAGCGAGAGUUAGGGCUAUUGCGCCGGUCAUUGUCUCACUCGGUGAGUCUACCUUAGGGAUCUUAGCACAUUUAUUAAAUGACAUCUGUAGCAUGCACUGUUGGGGCAUUUUAAAUUAUGAAAUGGGCGAAGCAUACGCAGAAGGAAUGGGUAGAGGCAGUCCAAAAACGUGUUGCGAUCACAUCUUCGGCACUUAAGUCAAUAAGGGGUAUCAAAAUGCAGGGGCUUACAGCGCCGUUGGCGGAAGACUUGCAGGAACUUCGUGUUAAGGAACUCGAUUAUGCGAAGCCGUUCCGCAGAAAUAUCAUUGCCACAGCAGUGACAUCCAACAUCACCACCCUUUGCGGGCCAGCCAUAACGUUCGUUGUUUAUAUUCUCAUCCAGAGGACUAAGGAUUCGGCAACUCUACGUAUUGGCCAGGCCUUUACUAGUCUGUCUUUGAUUUCCUUAUUAAGUACACCUGUUUCAGAAAUGGUUCAAUCUAUUCCCACGUAAGUCUUCUUCGCUGGUACUCGGAGAUGCCACUGACUUGAGAGAAGAUUUGCUGCUGCGGUGGGAUGUAUGGAACGAAUCCAGACGUAUAUAAAAACAAAAGACCGCAGCGAUCCUAGACUUACCAGCCCAGAUUUUGAACCUAACUCGAUAAGUAAGAAGUCUCGAGACAAUGUCAACAUUUCCUCCCGUGAGAUUGAAUUGCAAACGGUAGACGUAAUCCCAACCAUUCCGAUCCAUGCUCAGAACGAAUGUAUUAUCACAAUCAAGGAUGCAUCUUUCAUAUUUUCACAUGAAGGUACACCGGUUCUCGAAGACAUCAGCCUUGAAGUUUCUCACGGCACCUUGACGAUGGUUAUAGGUGCUAUAGGAAGUGGAAAGUCAUGUCUACUGAAGGUAAUACUUGGAGAGUUAAGCAGUAGCAAGGGGUUUGUAUUUGCAAAUACUUCGAGCAUUGGCUGUUGUUCUCAGACACCAUGGUUGCCCAACAGCAACCUACGUGAAGUCGUGCUUGGGAGUUCGAGUUAUAAUGAAGCUUGGUACAACGCGGUUAUCAACGCUUGCAUGCUUCAUUAUGAUAUUGCGAGCUUUUCGGAUGGCGAGAGAACCAUGAUCGGCAGUGAUGGAGCUGCUCUCAGUGGUGGACAGAAGCAGAGAGUAGUGAGUCUAUCUACUAUUUGCUGACGAAUCUUGACCUAUUUCCCAGAAAAAAGCUAACGGUGAUUAGGCCUUGUAUUCUAGAAAGGAAUUGCUUUUGAUCGAUGAUGUAUUGAGUGGGCUAGAUUACAAAACGAACCAUGCUGUAUUUCGAAAUGUUUUUGGUAAAGAAGGUCUUUGUAGUUUGCAUAACAUCACUGUAGUUCUUGCUACGCACGCCGGUAAGGACAAGCCGGUGAUUACAUGCCAUCCAAAAAGACUUGAGUAAGACGGCAAGAAAACCAAGCUGACGAUAUUUAGUUGAACAUCUGCAAUCUGCCGACAAUAUCGUUAUUCUCUCUAAUAGUGGUACCAUCCUAGAGCAGGGAAAAUUCCAAGAGCUACGAGAAAAUGAAGAUAGCUAUAUCAAGGACUUAAUUUUCCAUGAGCGUUCAGACGAGGAUUCAUAUGCAGGGAUAGAUGAGGCUCCUGCUAUAAUCAAGACACAGGCUAAAGCAGGACCGCUCAACAUAAACGACUUUAAUCGUCAAGGCGGCGACGCCAGUGUUUAUUUUUAUUUUGCCAAGUCCGUAGGCUGGCUCCAUUUUUCCCUUUUUAUCGGCAUGGUAGUUUUGUACACUUUCUCUAGCCAGUUCCAAGCUGUUCUGCUGGAGUUGUGGUCGAAAUCAGAGACUAGCCAUUCGGAUAUUUAUACUAAUAUGUAUAUGGGCUUAUACGCAAUGCUAUCAGUGUUGGCCUUGUGUGGAAUUGGUGGAUUGCUGUGCGUCACGCUGCUCUUUGCUGGCCCAUAUGCUUCUAUCAACCUGCACCGCACGCUCUUGCAUACCGUGAUGAGUGCGCCGUAUUCUUGGUUUACAGCAACGGACAGCGGAGUGACGCUCAAUAGGUAGGUAGCUUGACCAUUUGAGGCUGAUUUAUCUGCUGACCCUCUUCAGGUUCAGUCAAGAUAUGAGUUUGAUCGAUAUGGAGUUAUUAAUUGGGACAGUCGACACGUUUGCAGGCUCGUUCAUGGGAAUUGCUCAAGCAAUACUUAUCGCUAUUGGUGCCAAGUAUGUAGGAGUUAUCCUUCCAUUAAUUAUCGGAAUCCUAUACAUUUUACAGAAAGUAUACUUGAGGACAUCGAGACAACUUCGGUUGCUAGAUCUCGAAUCGAAAUCGCCACUCUACUCGCACUUCACCGAGACACUUAGUGGCCUUACGACAAUUCGCGCUUUUGGCUGGCAAGCUCAAUCAGCCGAGAAGAAUCGGAAGCUUCUGGAUAUCUCGCAAAAACCUUAUUACUUGCUCUAUUGUAUACAAAGAUGGCUCAAUCUUGUAUUGGAUCUGAUCAUCGCCGGCAUCGCAGUAAUGCUUAUAACAUUUGCAACACAGAUGCGUGGGACCACUAGUGCAGGUACUCUCGGUAUUGCUCUUGUUAAUGUUCUACAGUUCAACUCCACAUUGAGUUUUCUUAUCAGAAAGUGGACUCAGCUAGAAACUUCUAUUGGUGCUGUAGCUAGGGUGAAGAGUUUUGAAGCAAAUACUUUGUCGGAAAACGGACCUUUGGAGGUUAACCUACCACCAUCCGAAUGGCCCAUCAGGGCUAAAGUCGAAUUUAGAGAUGUCACUGCGACAUACGGGUAAGGGCUCAAUCCGGAAGUUUCAUCACAUUGCCAACCAUGUCGAAAGUAUUGACGAACCUGCUGUGUGUAAUGUCUCAUUUUCCAUCGAGGGUGGCACGAAAAUGGGUAUCGUUGGUAGGACUGGGUCGUACGUCUCCAAUUCCUUGCUCGACGAUUAAGAAGCUAAUACACCUUCUCAUAGUGGAAAGUCUUCCCUCAUGUUGGCACUCUUCCGAAUGCUUGAGCUCAAAACAGGAGAUAUCCUCAUUGAUAACCUAUCCAUUUCUACUCUCAACCGCCAAUCCGUACGCUGUUCAUUCAUCACUAUUCCCCAAGAACCCUACUUCCUGUCCGGUACUGUCGGCUUUAAUGCCGAUCCAUUCCACUCCUUAGACAACAAAUGCAUCCAGAUUGCACUUUCACGUGUUGGAAUCUGGGACGUAGUACGUGAAAAUGGAGGUCUAGAAGCACCUAUGACAGCAGCACCUCUUAGUCAAGGCCAGCAACAACUUUUCUGCAUCGCAAGAGCAAUCAUAAGGAAAAUGGCUCUGGGAAAUAAGGAUCAUGGUAUCUUGGUGUUGGAUGAGGUGACGAGUAAUGUUGACUCUGGUACUGAGGAGAUCAUGUUGAAGAUUUUAGAAGAUGAGUUUAAGGGAUGGACGGUGUUGGCUGUGGCUCAUCGAUUGGGAACCAUUAGGGACUAUGAUAGGGUUUUGGUGCUUGAUAAGGGCUGUGUUGUCGAGGAUGGGGCACCGGAUGAACUGAUUCGUAUGGAGGGGGGUCUGUUUAGGGAAUUGUGGGAGAGUGGUUUUGGGAAGGUGGAUGGUGUGUAGUUUGUUGUGCGGAAUUAUGUUUCUUUGUCUGCUUCCUUCUGUUCCGCUGGUUAGUAUGAUUAAUACGGUAGAAAAAUUCUUUGUUCGU